UCUCAGUUCUCGUUUUCCUUCUCUCUCUCGAACAAGUCGAAGGAAGAAGCUACGAAGAUUGAAGAAAACCAGAGUGUUACUGCUCCAUUCCCAUUCCUGAAAUCAAAUCAAUUCAAAUCAAACAAUGGCGUUGAAGUUUCUGAACAAGAAAGGGUGGCACACGGGAAGCCUUAGAAACAUCGAGAACGUCUGGAAAGCAGAGCAGAAGCACGAUGCAGAGGAGAAGAAGCUUGACGAGCUUCGCAAACAGAUCAAGGAAGAACGUGAACGCACCGAGUUUCGUCUUCUUCAAGAGAAAGCUGGCCUCGUCCCUCAUCAGGAGAGGUUGGAGUUUCUGUAUGAUUCGGGAUUGUCGGUUGGAAAAACUUCCUCUGAAGGUUUCAAAUCGCUUGAAGCGUUUCCUAAAUCCGAUGCAGCGGAUGCGCCGUCGUCAUCUGCUACGGCUUCUAAUCAGCAGCAGCAGCAGGGGGCAAGUGUGCCUGGGGCGUUGUUCGAGGAUAAGCCUCAGUCUGCCAAUGAUGCAUGGAGGAAGCUUCAUUCUGACCCUUUGCUCAUGAUUCGACAGCGCGAGCAGGAAGCGCUUGCGAAGAUUAAAAAUAACCCUGUCAAGAUGGCCAUCAUCAGAAAAUCAGUUGAAGGAAAGGAACACAAGAAGAAAGAUCCAAGCAAGAAGGAAAAGCAAAAGAAGCACCACUCUAGUAAAUCAAAGCACAAAAAACCGUCCGAUUCCGAAGAUGACACAGGUGAUAGGAGAAAAGGAAAGACUGGUGAAAGAGAUUUUGACAAGAAGUAUCACAAGACCCAAUCAGAUUCAGAGUAUGAAUCAAGUGAAGGAGAAAGGAAAAGAAGGAAGAAUCACUAUGAAGAUACAAAAUACAGAGAAAGACCCCCCAGUCACCACCAGAGGCAAAGAAAUGUCAAAGACUAUAAAGAAGAUGCUGAUGACAGAAACUAUAACAAGUCAAAGCCAGGAAAUUCAGAAGGUCGAUCCAUCAUUGAUGCCCCAAGAAGGGGGAAUGUGAGCUUUCCAGAACCAAGCUCCACUAGAUCUUCUGGUACUUCACUUGAACAUGGAUCACACUAUAAGCGCAGAAAUGCAGCUCCUAAACUUUCAGAAGAAGAGCGGGCUGCUAAACUUAGGCAGAUGCAACUUGCUGCUGAGUUGCAUGAAGAGCAGAGAUGGAAACGUAUUAAGAAGGCUGAGGAGACUGAUGCACAGGAAGCAACCCAAAAUAGUAAAUCUGGUGGCAAGAAUUUCUUGGAUACUGCGCAAAAAAGUAUAUAUGGUGCUGCAGAAGGUGGGAGCUCAUCUAUAGCUGAGAGUGUCCGGCGUCGGACACAUUAUUCUCAAGGCAGAUCUGCAGGUGAAGGCAAUGCAUUUCGGCGGUGAUGGACUUGAAUGCUGGGGUGGUUUUAUCAUUGUUUUUAGUUAUCUCAAGUUUUCUCCAGAAUACUUGGCAUAUGUUUUCUUCCAUGUACCAACAUAUGACUCUCGUGUAUCAAUAUAUGAAAUUCUGUGAUAUUUAUGACAUUAUAUCGAGGAUUCUUAGUUCUUC